AGACCAUAGACUGUAAAUCCAGAUACGUUAAUUCAUUAAUCGAAGGAGUCAGUCUGCUAAAACAAAAACGAAAUGAGGGAAAUUGUGCAUCUCCAGGCCGGUCAGUGCGGAAACCAGAUUGGUGCCAAGUUUUGGGAGGUGAUCAGUGAUGAGCAUGGCAUUGACCCAACUGGCACAUACCACGGUGACAGUGACCUGCAGCUUGACAGGAUCAAUGUCUACUACAAUGAAGCCACAGGUGGUAAAUAUGUUCCCCGUGCUGUGCUGGUGGAUCUGGAGUCAGGAACCAUAGACUCUGUGAGAUCCGGACCCUUCGGCCAGAUCUUCAGGCCAGACAACUUUGUUUUCGGCCAGAGUGGUGCUGGCAACAACUGGGCCAAAGGUCACUACACGGAGGGUGCAGAGCUGGUGGACUCUGUCCUGGAUGUAGUGAGGAAGGAGGCAGAGGGCUGUGACUGCCUGCAGGGCUUCCAGCUCACACACUCUCUUGGUGGUGGUACUGGCUCUGGGAUGGGCACACUGCUCAUCAGCAAAAUCCGUGAAGAGUACCCCGACCGUAUUAUGAAGACCUACAGUGUGGUGCCCUCACCCAAAGUAUCAGACACAGUCGUUGAGCCCUACAACGCCACACUGUCAGUCCACCAGCUUGUAGAAAACACAGACGAAACCUUCUGUAUUGACAACGAGGCUCUGUAUGACAUCUGUUUCCGCACCCUUAAACUUACAACCCCCUCAUAUGGUGACCUCAACCACCUCGUCUCUGCCACCAUGAGCGGCGUUACCACCUGCCUCAGGUUCCCCGGACAGCUCAAUGCUGACCUGAGGAAGCUGGCUGUAAACAUGGUGCCAUUCCCUCGUCUGCACUUCUUCAUGCCAGGCUUCGCUCCCCUCACAAGCCGAGGCAGCCAGCAGUACAGGUCCCUCACUGUACCAGAGCUCACCCAGCAGAUGUUCGACGCAAAGAACAUGAUGGCUGCCUGCGACCCACGUCACGGCCGCUACCUGACAGUGGCUGCUAUCUUCCGUGGCCGCAUGUCCAUGAAGGAGGUGGAUGAACAGAUGCUGAACGUGCAGAACAAAAACAGCAGCUACUUCGUUGAAUGGAUCCCCAACAACGUGAAGACCGCUGUCUGUGACAUUCCUCCCCGUGGCCUCAAGAUGGCUGCCACAUUCAUCGGCAACACCACAGCCAUCCAGGAGCUGUUCAAGCGCAUCUCUGAGCAGUUCACAGCUAUGUUCAGGCGCAAAGCUUUCCUCCAUUGGUACACCGGCGAGGGUAUGGAUGAGAUGGAGUUCACCGAGGCUGAGAGCAACAUGAACGACCUGGUGUCCGAGUACCAGCAGUACCAGGACGCCACCGCCGAGGAGGAGGGAGAGUUUGAGGAGGACGGCGAGGAGGAGCUUGCCUAAACCUAAACCCUUUAAAUAACAAAAUAAAAUGUUCCAUGUUUAAACUCCCUCCUACCCUAAUGCCGAGGAGGAGGGAGAGUUUGAGGAGGACGGCGAGGAGGAGCUUGCCUAAACCUAAACCCUUAAAUAACAAAAUAAAAUGUUCAAUUUUUAAACGUGUUUCUUUCUGUUCACAUUCAUGAACUGUAUAUUAAUCCUAAAGUAUUAUAACCUUAAGAAACUUGUAUCUGUUUCACUCAGAUGAAUCCAUACCUGCAGACUUUUAUUUUUGACUUCACUGAAGCCUUGUUUCCUGCCUUUCUGAUGACAUCACUAGUGUUUUAACAAUGAAGUCAGGUGUCUGUUUUUAUUCCCUUUUUUUUCUGUCUUUUGUCAUUUUUGUAUUUAUUUGUCUGCUCUAACAUCCAUUUAAAUGCUCAGUUAUCGAUCUGUGUUCUGUUUAAUAAAAGAAAAUACUUGUUUAUUUUCUCUGCUUUCAUCUUUAGUGAUUAAACAUUCAAGAUGUCAAUGUUCAGCUGUAAACUCUGUCAUGUCUUAUGGUUACUAAACAGAAUGGGUGCAGUUGUCCUCCAGUAAGAUGAUAAGCACUGGAAGAACAAGGAGAGAAGAAAUACAAAUAUCAAGACUUCAUUUUGGGCAUACAGGAUUAAAUCAGACGUUAUAGACAAUGUUACAGAUUCAGAGCUUUUCCAAUAAAUGAUUUAUCUUCUAAUAGUA